GUUGUAAAAGUGGCCUGGUCGCAAUGGAGAAAAUUUAGAGCGAGAAAUUUCCCUUCGGAGAGCUAUGGCGGCCUUAUUAAAGAAGAGAGCGCUCGCCGAAUACUGCCAGACCGUAGUGGAAGAGCACCCAAGGCCGGCAAAGAGGCUACAGCUGGUCCGUCGUGCGCGCACAGUUGACCACAGCGAGUUCAGCGUUGCCUUGCUGGACACGGCAGAGCCACAGAACCUGCUUCCCAUUCUCGUCAAUCUCCACCAUGCACUGCCGGUUUCAGGUGAGACCCAAACAGAGGUUGUACAAGGACUGAUGACCCUGUUGCAGAAUGAGUCCCAUCCACCCAUUAUUAUCGUCAAGGUCCUGGCUCUUUUGGCGGCCGUCAUCACCACCCAGUCACAAGCACAGCCGGUGUUCGAGGAGGUGAUGACCGUGGCCAAGAGGUCAAAGUCGCAGAAAGUCAUAGCUCAGGCCAUCCACACCGCCAGCUCCCUCUCACAGUGCGUUCCCCCCGACCCAAAGCUGCAGGAUCAGGUCAUCCAGCUGGCCCUCUCGCAGUUCACCUCCACCAAUUAUGUCAUCAAGGUGCGUUCUUUGGAGGCUGUUGGCAACCUGUGCCCGGCAGAAGAGGGGCGCGUGCAGUCGGCAAUAAUGAAGACGCUGAUAGAGCACACCAAAAACCAGGACAACCGCGUUAGGACGGCAGCUUUCAAUGCCUUGCUUGUUGUUCAGGAGAGAGAAGUGAAACUCUCCCCUGAGGUCUAUGACAGUGUCUGUCAAGCACUGCACGAUGACUACCAGUGUGUGCGCGAAGUGGCUCUAAAUUUGAUUAAGGUUGCAGCAGAUGGUGACCCAGAACGCCUGGUCCCCAUACCUGACAGUGACCAUCACGUUAGGCUAGUCGACCAUGCUUUCUCUCAGAUCUGCAACAUGGUGAACGAUAUCAGCGUACGAGUGCGGACUAAGGCGGCCUCCCUCCUUGGCAACAUGACCAGUGUGUCUGAGAGGUUCCUUGCUCAGACACUUGACAAGAAGCUUAUGUCAAACAUGAGGAGGAAACGAUCAGCUCACGAAAGGGCUCGGGCCAUGGUGGCUUCCGGAGAGUGGUCAUCGGGGAAGCGCUGGGCAGACGAUGCCCCCAAAGAGCAAGUGGAGGCAGACUCAGUCUCCGUCAUCAAUACCGGUGCCUGCGGUGCUUUCGUCCACGGCUUGGAAGAUGAAUUUCUAGAGGUUCGUAAUGCAACCUUAGACUCCAUCUGUGCCUUAGCUCUCAAUAACUCGCAGUUUGCCAACCAGUCCCUUGACUUCCUCGUUGACAUGUUCAAUGACGAAAUUGAGGAAGUCCGACUGAAAGCUAUACAGGUGCUGCAACAGAUAGCCUGUCACAUCACACUACGGUCAGACCAGCUAGGAGAAAUCCUGCAUGCGCUAAAGGACUCUUCCCUUGAUAUCCGAGAGUCCCUCCACACAUUCCUGGCCACAACGAUCCUCUCCACCAUGGACUGCAUCAAGCUCUGUGUAACGGGGCUUAUCGAUAACCUGCGGCGUUAUCCCCAGGAUCGACGCAGCAUCCACCGCUGUCUGCGUAGAUUGGGCUCCAACCACCCCAUCCUCGUGGAGGCGUUGGUUCCGCAGUUGCUGUUGAUUCAUCCUUAUUUUGAUGGUGUAGAACCCAGUGUACAGGAUGGAGAGUACAUUUGUAAGCUGAUUUUAGUCCUGAAUGCUGCUGUCCACUGCCCUACCAUAGUGCCUCUCUUGGAGCAACACACAUUACGUCAUUACGCCUACCUCAGAGACACUAUGCCACAGCUCGUUCCUGUGUUGAAGCUUGGUGAAGAUUGGCAGCCAACAGGUGAAGCUGUAGCCACUAACACCCUGCGAUUCCUCCGUGAGAGUAUGGAGAAGGUGGCCAAUUUGGAGCGCUCGUCAACCCAGAUGCGUCUCACCAUUUAUCAGAUUGUCCACUCUGACCUGGUCAAGCUAGCCGACAUUGACCCUGAGCUAUCUCCAGCAGCCCAUUUUGCGGCUCUCUAUACCCAGUGCAUGUGGCUCUUCAAUAAGAUUCUUUCUACCAGAAACUGGCUCACACCAUCAUCGCUGUCAGUGCAGCAGAGUGGUGCCUUGAAGAGCAAUGUUGACCAGCUCUUGAGGAACACCUUCCGCUUACGUCACGCUUUCACCAACCUGAGUCCUCAAGCAGAGGCAAGCAUCAGGAACCUCCGGGUGCGCACACUGGCAUUGCAGCUUGUGUAUGUCGUACAUGGCUCCACAGGGUCAGCUCUGGGCCUGUGCGACAACUUCCUGGAACACACAGAAGCCUUACACAGAUACCUCACAGACGAGAAGUUGAGCGGCGACUCGUUCCUAGAAACUGUGUUUGAGGAGCUCAGCCAGCUGGAAGAACCAAGGCCAGGAGCUGUAGCAAGGAUCCUGCAGCCGCUGCUCAUUUCUCACCCCGUCCCUGCGCUAGCUCCCAUCACAAAUCCCAGGGAGAUCCGGAUGUGUUCCGCAGAGAUCCUUGAGCCUCAGCCAGACAGUGAGGUCAUCUACAAGCUGAGUGCGGGACUCGUCGUGGGGGUGCCCCUGGAUGCCGAAGUAUCCCACAUCCCGAACCCGUCAACCCUGCGCAUCCGUGUAGCUUAUCCAGAUCAUUCCACCCAUCUCGUUGUGCCUCCAAAGAGUCACCUGCGGAAAGUUGGUCCAGGAACAUACCGUCUCCUGACCACAGUGUUGGUGUCGGCACAAGUUUCGUGGUCGGAGGCCUGCCAAGUGGGACUGUCCUUGGUGUUAGAUCUGAGUGACCAGGAAGUCUUGGCGGCCAGAAGACACUCUGUUGCCAAAGCAGAUGACUCUGCUACUACUAUACAACUUGUUAAGCCUGUCAAAGUGCUUGUUUGGCCCAAGGUGAUUAGAAAAGGUGUGUAAGCAUAGGAUCUUUGAAUAUAUAUAAAUUGGAAUGAAAAUCCUGUAAAUAUGUAUAAAGAAGUGCACUGAUAGGGUGGAGUAUAUGUUUAAUGUACCUGAUUCAUUCAAAUACAUCUACAUUUUGUAGUUACAAGUUUUCAGCGACUGCCAAAACCAUGUUAUUGUGCAUUUUAUGGUCACUUCACAGCAAAGACAUCAUGCUAAAGAGGAAAUUAUUCCUUUGAUUGAUCUUUGUAAUGUCUCAUACUCAAAAUAAGGUCUACUUUUUAAGGCAAAUUUCAUACAUUUUAGAUAGUGAAUACCUGUUCUUUACAAGGAUCUUUAUUUGAUAUUGUAUCAAAUAGGUUGUAGGUUAUUUUUCAAACUCAAGUUUACCAAAAAUCUCAUACUUGGCUAAGAAUGAGUGCUUUUGUAUGUUUACACUGUGAGUGCACAAAUGUUAUCAUCAUCUGUAUGAAUGGCUCUACUGAGUACCAGGGUAAUAUAAAUCAUGUGAAAUUAUUAAAAAAAAAAAAAACUUU